AUUUUAUGGCGUGUGACGUUUUGACUUAACAUCUUCUUUCACGUGGUUGGAUUAUGGAUCCAGACUGAUGGUGCUACUCAGCUGUGCCGUCGCGUGCAUGUACAAGCCCUAUAAGGAGCCCUCAGACCUACUUAAGAUCUCGGAGCGUGUAACGUUCAUCUUCUUCAUAGUGGAGAUGCUCAUAAAGAUGGUGGCCCUGGGACUCUUUGGUCAUCGACAAAGUUACCUAAGCAACAAUUGGAACAAGUUUGACUUCCUAAUCAACUCUGUGCAUGUGGUAGAUUAUCUGCUGGCUUUCUGCGGCAUCAACUGGCAGAUCUCUAAACCGCUGGAGCCAUUGCGUCUGAUUGGUAGAAUACCGAGUAUGCGAGGCUUGAUGAAAGUCCUCUUAGACAUGGCGCCUAUGAUCUUAAAUGUUUUCUUCCUCUACGUCUUCAUCAUCAUCGUCUUUGCCAUUGUGGGAGUCCAACUGUGGGCAGGGCAGCUUCGCAAUCGCUGCUUCCUGGGAGAGGACAUUAUCGGGAAGUACAAUGUGUCCAUAAGUCCAUACUACAAGCCCAAGGACAAAUACGUGUUCAUCUGUUCACCUGACGGCCUGCACGGGGCGCGGCGCUGCAGUAAUGUACCACCUUACAUGCAGAAUGGGAAAGUCUGCUCACUGGCUGCUCCCGACCACGCUUUAGCUGCAAAUCACUCCUUACUGACGGCCGGUGGUGUCAGUGCUGACGCGUGCGUUAACUGGCACAUGUACUACAACGUCUGUCGCCCUGGGAUUCACAACCCUCAGAGGGGAGCCAUCAACUUCGAUAACAUCGGCUACGCCUGGUUGACCACAUUCCAGGUUGUCAUGCUGGAGGGAUGGACAGAGAUUAUGUUUUAUGUCAUGGACGCUUAUUGCUUUUGGAGUUUCAUCUUUUUCAUACCGGUCACCAUUAUGGGCUCCUUCAUCAUGAUGAACGUGUGCGCGGUCGUCAUCGUCAACCAGUUCUCAAAAAGCACACAGAGGGAUAAAGGAAAGCCGCCUGCUGCUGCUGCGUCCAUCGCAUGGCUCUGUGACAAGUUGGCCUCCUGUCUGCGGGUCAUCUCCUCUAAAUACAACAGUAGGCGACGCAGCGCGGAGCAUCCUAGCGACAGCGGCAGCAUGGAGAGUUCCUUUAUGGUUCACAUCUGGAUGCCGGUCAAGAGAAGACUGGAGUGCAUCGUGAACAGUACACUGUUCAACGAAGUGAUCGUGUUUGCCAUUCUCUUCAGCGUGGUCACCUUGGCCGUAGAGCACCACGGGCAGCCUAAGGCGUUUACACGGAUACUACAGGUCACUAACCUCGUCUUCGUCAUCAUAUUUAUUGUGGAAGUGGCCAUGAAGCUGCUGGUACUCUCAGGAGCGUACUUCUGGGACCCAAACAAUGUCUUUGACUUUUUUAUUGUCAUCAGCAGUGUGUGGGAGUUGAUCGCUAAAGCCGACAGCAGGUUGUCCAUUCUGCGUGCGUUUCGUCUGCUGCGGUUCGUGAGGCUGGUUAAAUCCCACCCUCACCUGAAGAGACAGCUGCUUGUGCUGAAGAGGACCAUAGAGGAGGCCGUCGUGCUCUGUGGGCUGCUGCUGGUCGGCAUGUUGGUUUUUAGUUUGCUGGGUAUGCAGCUGUUCGGGAAUAAAUUCAACUUCCAGACAAAGGAUGGAGUCACCUUCACCGACCGAAAAAACUUUGACACCAUACUCUGGUCCAUGGUCACUGUGUUCCAGAUUUUGACCCCGGAUCACUGGAAUCUGGUGCUAUACAACGGCAUGGCCGCCACCUCCCCCUGGGCUGCUCUCUACUUUGUCGGACUCAUUUUAUUCGGAAAAAAUAUUAUUCUUAAUAUACUUAUGGGCAUAGUGGUUGAGAGCUUCCAGGAAAGGCGCUCCAGUUCCGCUCUCUCUUCCUGCGCCGAUCUGACUCACUUGACCCCUUCAGGGGAAGGCGACAAUGAGGAAAAUUUCCAGCAUGCCAUCAGUGGAGACUGCUCUCCCUCUGGUCUUAGGCCCAGCAGAUCUACUGAGAUUAACACAGAGGAAGAGACGGACACCAAUGAGAGAUCUUUGAGCCUGAUACAAAGAGUGCUCCGCUGGUGCAAAGAGCAUGAAGACUGGUCACUCUACAUACUGUCUCCACAGAACAGGCUACGUGUCUGUUGCCAACGUGUGAUGUCUCACACAAUGUUUGACCACGUGGUUCUGUGCUUCAUUCUCCUAAAUUGUAUCACCAUUGCUAUGGAGAGACCUGGAAUAGCCCCUAAAAGUGUGGAGCGACAGAUCAUUGAUACGUCCUGUUACGUGUUCUCCACCAUCUUCAUGAUAGAGAUGUUCAUCAAGGUCCUGGCUCUCGGUUUGGUGUUUGGGAAGGAGAGCUACUGCCACUCUCCCUGGAAUACCAUGGAUGGUCUGCUGGUGGUUCUCUCUUUAGUCCACGCCCUUGUGUCUCUGGCCAGCAGCGGCAUGAAAAAAAAGCUGGGAAUCCUGAAGGUUUUGCGCCUGCUGCGCGCACUUCGCCCACUGAGGGUUAUUAAGCGAGCACCGAAACUGAAGCUGGCCGUGGAAGCUCUGAUCGCCUCAGUUAAACCCAUCGGGAACAUCGUUCUCAUCUGCUGCACUUUCUUCUUGUUCUAUGGCAUCCUCGGAGUGCAGCUGUUUAAAGGGAAGUUCUUCUACUGUGCGGGUAAGGACACGAGAAACAUCACCAGCAGGUCUGAGUGCCUGUCAGCCAACUAUCAGUGGGUACGAAAGACGUACAACUUCGACAACCUGCCUCAGGGUCUGUUAACGUUGUUCGUAAUGUUCUCUAAGGACAACUGGGUGAGCAUCAUGCAUGACGGACUGGAUGCUGUUGGAGUAAACAAACAGCCCGUGCAGAACUACAAUGAGUGGAUGCUUCUCUUUUUUAUCUCCUUCAUGGCCAUAAGCUUCGUUCUGCUCGACAUGUUCAUCGGCGUGAUGGUGGAAACCUUUUACCAGUGUCAGCAGAAGCAAAAAAUUCAAAAUAGAUUGUUACAAGAGGAGGAAGCGGCGAUGAGAGGAGGUGAAAUGCAGGUUCAGGAGCCCGAGCGGCCGUAUUACACACACUACUCUCCCAUGCGUCGGUCAAUCUAUGAUCUGUGUGUCAGCGACUUCCUGGACUACUUCAUGACAGCCAUAGUUUUCAUCAGUGUCUUGAUGAUGGCUUUCGAGCACUAUAAUGAACCUGAGUAUAUAGAGAGAUUUGUAGAGUACUCCUAUUAUGUCUUCACCGCCAUCCUGGUAAUGGAGGUCCUGCUGAAGCUUGUGGGAUUUGGCGUCCUGAGGUUCUUCACAAUAGGGUGGAAUCUGCUGGACAUUGUUGUCGCCUUGAUUUCUGUCAUCAGCAUCGUUUUAGAAAAGACGUUUCUAAAAGUAUUACCCUUUAAUCCCAGCAUCCUGAGAGUCUGCAGAGUACUCCGACUGGCACAAGUGCUGAAAGCCAAAAAGAUCAGACUUCUGCUAAAAACCAUCAUCAAGACAAUAGCACAGGUUGAAAAUAUUAUUCUGCUCUUCGCGUUCUUCUUCUUUAUCUACGCUGUGCUGGGAGUGGAGCUCUUUGGCAGGCUUUCAUGCAGUGAUGAUAACCCAUGUUACGGUUUACACCGGCACGCCAACUUCAAGCAUUUUGGGAUGGCCCUGUUGACGCUCUUCCAAGUGUGCACCGGAGACAACUGGAGCGGGAUUAUGAAAGACACGUUGAGGUCGUGUCGUCCUGGUGACAGCGGCUGCCUGAGUUACCUGCACUGGGUCUCUCCCAUCUGCUUCACCAGCUUUGUGGUCAUGGGGCAGUUUGUGCUGGCCAACCUGGUGGUGGCAGCGAUCAUGCAAGCGCUGGAGGACAGCAACGAGUUACAGAGCAAGACCAUUUACCUUCCGUCUCAGGAAGGACACGACGCCUGCCUCCAGGACGGUGAGGUGGACGAGGAAGAAGAAAACUGGUUUGAAGCCACUAGUUCCCUUAAAUGAUUUCAUUAUAUAAUGAUAAAAUACUGAUACUGACACUAUCUUUAUUUAAUUGUUAUAUGUGUAAAUAGGAUAUGUAUAUGUUGCACAUGAGUGUGAUUUGAAUCCACAUGGGUGCUAUCAAUUGAAUGAAUUUGACAUUUUCUAUAUUGAUCUUUGUUUUAUUGUUAUUGUAAACAACAUGCAUAUGUUGUAUGUGACGCUGUUUAUUUUAGAUGCAUAUAGAUGUAUAUGUGUGUAUUGAUCGUUUUAUACUCAUACCUUUGAGCGGUUGUACAAACUGCUGGUGUUGAUUUUAUUUGAAUAAAAUGAU